AUGGUAAUCUCCAGGCCUUUGAAGUCUCUAUUGCCCGCAGGAGGGAUGUUGGCAAAGCUCUGGCUGAUGGUGAACUUGAUAGCCCAGCUUUGGUAUGGCAGCUGGAAAGAACUGGCCAAGGCCCUGGCCAAUAGGAACAUCCCAGCUGUUGAUCCAAAUCUCCAAUUCUAUCCUUCCCAGAGGCUGAGCCUUAAGGACCAAGACAUUUCCCAGAGUAGGAGAAGGAACAAUAGCUACUUGAAGUGGAACAAACCUGUCCCCUGGCUGUCUGAGUUCCAGGGCCAUGCCAACCUGCAUGUGUUUGAAGACUGGUGUGGCAGCUCCAUCCAGCAGCUCAGGAGGAACCUGCACUUCCCACUCUACCCCCAUAUCCGCACAACCCUGAGGAAGCUGGCUGUGUCACCCAAGUGGACCAACUAUGGUCUCCGCAUAUUUGGCUACCUGCACCCUUUUACCGAUGGGAAGAUCCAGUUUGCCAUUGCUGCUGAUGACAACGCUGAAUUCUGGCUGAGUCGUGAUGACCAGGUCUCGGGCUUUCAGCUGCUGGCCAGUGUGGGCAAGACAGGAAAGGAAUGGACAGCCCCUGGAGAGUUUGGGAAAUUUCAGAGUCAAAUUUCCAAGCCAGUGAGCUUAUCAGCCUCCCUCAGGUACUACUUUGAGGUGCUGCACAAGCAGAACAAUGAGGGAACCGACCACGUGGAGGUCGCGUGGAGAAGGAAUGACCCUGGAGCCAAGUUCACCAUCAUUGACUCCCCCUACUUAUCGCUCUUCACAAAUGAGACCACCCUAAGGAUGGAUGAGGUGGGCCACAUCCCACAGACAGCAGCCAGCCAUGUGAGCUCCUCCAACACUCUUCCCACGGAUGAGCAGCCCCCAGCGGACAUGCUGCGGCCUGACCCUCGGGACACCCUCUAUCAAGUGCCUCUGAUCCCCAAGUCGCUUCUUCGACAUGUCCUGCCUGAUUGUCCCUACAAACCCAGCUACCUGGUGGAUGGGAUCCCGCUACGGCGCUAUCAGGGCCUCCAAUUUGUUCAUCUCUCCUUUGUUUACCCCAACGACUAUACCCGUCUGAGCCACAUGGAGACCCAUAAUAAAUGCUUCUAUCGAGGAAGUGCCUAUAAGCAGGGCAGGUUCGGCUUCCAGGAGUAUAUCAAGUUGGACAAGCCAGAGAAGCAGGGACUGGAGCAGCCAGGUUCUGAGGAUGGUCUUCUAGAAGAAUCCCAAUAUGGAGAAGUAGUGGAGGAAAGCCCUGCAUCCCGAGACCAGGAUACUGGGACACAAGGGAGAAAACCAAAGACUACGUCCCCCCCGGGGCUGGGUGUCACUGACUACCACCUCCGGAAGCUCUUGGCUCAUCCACAGAGUGGCCCAUCGGCAUCUUUUUCCAAGCAGAACUCCACACCUCCCUUUCCAAGCAGGACAAGUAACAUCCCAGGCCAGCAGCCAGGAAAAAGGAAGGGGAAAAGCACCCCUGCGCCCAGCCAAGAUUUGUCUCAUUCUGACAAAGGGACCCUGAGGAACCCGACUCUCAUCCAGAGAGCCAGGUCCACUGGUGGCAGUCCUGGGAAGACUCUGGAGCAGUCCCAGUGGCUGAAUCAAGUGGAGUCUUACAUUGCCAAGCAGAGGCGGGGUGACAGCGUAGAGCCCCAGGCCCCCAGCAGGGGCUGGCAUGGGGAGGAGGAAGUGGUGGUAGCAACAAGCCAGGAAGGAGAAGUGGAGGAAGAGGAAGAGGAGGAGGAAGAGGACGAAGAAGAUGUGAGUGAGAUGUUGGAAUUCGUACCUGUGUUUGACCCGGUGGUGAACUGGGGCCAGACCUUCAGUGCGCAGAGCCUGGACUUCCAAGCCCUAAGGACAGACUGGAUUGAUCUGAGCUGUAACUCAUCUGGCAACCUGCUGCUUCCGGAGCAGGAGGCCCUGGAAGUCAUACGGGUCUUCCUGAAAAAGCUCAGCCAGAGGACCCGGGGGAGAUACCAGCUGCAGCGCAUCCUGAAUGUGGAGAAGCGCCAGGACCGGCUGCGUGGGGGGCGCUACCUCCUGGAGCUGGAACUGCUGGAAGGCCAGCGCCUGGUGAGGCUCUCAGAGUAUGUGUCCACUCGAGGCUGGCAAGGAAGUGACAUCACUGCUGGGGAGGACACAGAAACCCGGAACCUGCAGGGCCUGGUCUGGAGCCCCCGUAGUCACAGACAUACCCUGAAUGCCCAGGAUCCAGAGCCAAAGCUAUGCUGGCCCCAAAAUUUCUCCUGGAACCAUCGAGCUGUGGUCCACUUUAUUGCGCCUGUGAAAAACCAGGCUCGCUGGGUGCAGCAGUUCAUCAGAGACAUGGAGAGCCUGUCCCAAGUCACUGGCGACCCACAUUUCAACAUCAUUAUCACAGACUAUAGCAGUGAGGACAUGGAUGUUGAGAUGGCUCUGAAGAGGUCCAGGCUGAAGAGCUACCAGUACCUGAAGCUGAGUGGAAACUUUGAGCGUUCCUCCGGACUACAGGCUGGCAUAGACCUGGUGAAGGACCCACACAGCAUCGUCUUCCUCUGUGAUCUGCACAUCCACUUUCCAGCAGCCAUCAUCGAUGCCAUCCGAAAGCACUGUGUAGAGGGCAAGAUGGCCUUUGCCCCCAUAGUGAUGCGGCUGCACUGUGGGGCCACCCCACAGUGGCCUGAGGGCUAUUGGGAGGUCAAUGGAUUUGGACUGCUUGGCAUCUACAAGUCUGACCUGGACAAGAUUGGGGGCAUGAACACCAAGGAGUUCCGAGACCGCUGGGGAGGGGAAGACUGGGAGCUGCUGGACAGGAUCCUCCAAGCAGGCCUGGAAGUGGAUCGGCUCUCCCUCAGGAACUUCUUCCACUACUUCCAUUCCAAGCGAGGCAUGUGGAAUCACCGCCAGAUGAAGAUGCCAUGA